AUGGCUAGUAACAGUAGUAUUGAAGCUCUGAAAGGUACAUGGGAUUAUGUUAAUGGUGAUGAUAUAGGUGAUUUUUUGAAGGAAAUUGGUGUUGGUAUGGUAGGACGUUUAGCAGCUAAAGGUAUUAAACCACGAUUAGUCAUUACUGAAACAGAUGGUAUAUGGACACUUCGCACAGAGACAACUUUGAAAACAAUGACGUUAAGUUUUACACCGGAUAUGGAAUAUGAAGACACAACACCUGAUGGUCGAGAAGUUAAAGGAAUUGUUCGAUUUGAAAAUGGUAAAUGGAUUCAAAAAACAGUUGAUAAAAAUGGUAAAGAAUCCAUGAUAACACGUUGGAUAGAUGAAAAAGAUCAACAACAGAUUAUUAUGGAAACCAAGAUUCAAAAAAUAAAUGAAAUAUUUCAAUCUGGACGUCAUAAACAAGCAAUUACUGAUAUACAAACAUUAAUUGAAGAAUCAUCUACAGAUAAUGAAGUUUUUAAAGCUUAUAAUUGUCUUGGGAAAUAUCUUAAUUUAAUGGGACAACAUAAUGAAGCUGUUGAAGCAUGGACAAAUGCGUUAAAACUUCUUGAAGAUAAUGCUGGUGGUGUUGAGAAGUUUAAUGAAGGACAACUAGUCGAAUGGAUUAAUAUUUCUAUUGUAUUAGCACGAAUUAUGUAUCGUCAAGGUAGAGAAGGAUCCGGUGUAUCACAUAAAUUUAAUUCCGUAUGUUAUACUGCAUCUAAAAUGAAUGAAAGUGAAGAAGAAGAAUGGAAAAAAGAACGAUUUCAAGCAGCUGUAAAAUAUUACAAACAAGUAAUCGAUAAAAUUCCUCAAGGUGCAUCAGAAACAAAAAUAAAAAUUCGAACUGAAUUAGCACAAGCUUUAUUUACAUCCGGAAACUUUGAUGAAGCUGUUCAAAUCUAUGAAGACGCUUUUAAUAAUGAUGGAGAUCCUACAUGGCUUUAUAAAGCUGCUGAUUGUUCAUGGCAACAAGAAAAAAAAGAGCAAGCUUAUACUAGACUUCAACAAUUAAUAACUACGGAUCCAACUUUUGCAGAUGCCUAUCAAUUAUGUGCGACUUAUUUUACAGAGAAAAAUGAUAUAACUCAAGCUGAUGAAUAUACACGUCGAUAUAAAUUCUAUUCAUGGGUUCCAAAAUUUUGUCGUCAUAUUGAAUAUAAUGAAGACAAUGUAUUAUUAUUGGAAACAAUACAAUCUGAUAAAGCUUUAGAAUGUAUUGAAACAACAUUAACAGAAGAUACAUCAAAACGAUCAACAGAAUUUUUAGCUUCGAUUUGUUAUCAUCAUUAUCAUGGCGCAGUAGAAAAUAAAGCAUUUCAAGUACUUGAACAACGUGGAAUUGCUAGUGAAGGUGAUGAGAGAGAAUUUAUUGGAUCAUUAUUAAUGCAUCUUAUUAAAAAACAUCAAAGUAUAUGUACAAUAAAAGGUGCAGCUAGUGCAUUAGCUGGAAUGAAAUAUGAUGAAUUAUUCGAUAUUUUAGCUAACUUAUUACCUCAAGAUCUUAAUAUUUGUUUUCCUAUGCAUAUUCCAAAUGCUCUUGGCAAGUUAGGCGAUCGUCGAGCUAUUCCACUUUUGAUUAAAAUGAUCGAAGAACCAGCUGACACGCAAAACGAUAAUAGUGAUUCAUCGGAUGAUUUUUUGUUAUCUGGAGGAUCAAGUCGAUUAAUCGUUGAAUGUUGUUUAGCACUUUCAUCUUUCAGUGAUGAUGAGAAAGUAAAAGAAGUUUUAUUAAAUGGAAUUAAUAAGGAAGAAAUUCGUGAAGCUUGUUUUGCUGUACUUGCUGUUUGUACAGAAGAAAAAAAAUACUUCGAUGAACUUGAGAAAAUAUUAUCAGAUGGUAACACACUUGAUUAUAUGGUCAUUGAAUAUCUUCAAAAUAAUGUUAAUAAAUCACAACAAGUUGAAAAUCUUUUGAAAUUAAAUGAAGCACUCCUGGUCAAAAAACAACAAAAGGAAAACGUCGAUACUGACUAA